AUGACCUUGGGUGCGUUGACCGAACCCAAUGCGGUCAACGCAGCACCCAUGCCGCACCCAAGAGAGAGAAGGAUAGAGGGCCACCAGCCAAAAAACAAACAAAAGGUUUCCCUUCUUCUUCAUUACCUCCUUAACAUUGCUUACUUCAUUAGUGGCUUGUAUGUACUAGCCCCACUUUAUUGCAUCCUCACAAGAUCCAUCAGUUCAGACUCCAUUUGGGCACUAACAGUUUUCCUGCUUGUUAUUCAUCUCUUUUUGCAUGAUUAUUCUGGCUCAACCAUCAGACCACCUGGGGCCUUGAAGAAUCCAACACUAACCAGCAAUAUCUCCCUGAAUGCGUCCAUUGUGGCGUCCGUUCUUAUUGCUUCCGGCCUUCCUUCAAGGCAUCAUGUGUUCUCCAUCAUGCUUUUUUCUUUACAGAUCUUUCUUUUUUCUCCACUAGUGAUGUACUGCAUCAAGAAGUACUCCACCAAAGUGCACUUGUGUUUUUCUCUCCACUUGACCUGUGCAACUUUGGCCAUUCUUUUUCCCCUUCACCAUUCCUUGUUUGCUCUAUUUCUAGCCCUAUUAUUGUUCAUUACUGUUGUAUGUCCUUACUGGCUUAUCAGGAUAAUACAGGAAUACAAAUUUGAGAUAAAUGGUCCUUGGGAUGAAGCUAAACUUUGUUUUGACAUAACCGAGUAAUCGCUAGUGAAAUAAGUUUUUUUUACCUAUUAUGCCAGCUUAUCUCGGUUUGCUAUACUUUAGUCUGGCUUUCUUGAUUUACUAGAUUGUGAGUUUAAUUAUCAGCUCUUAGUUGUGUGGAGAAUUAGAUAUUAAAGGAGAACAAUAUAAGACGUAUGUAAACACCCAUAUUUAAUAAUAGAUGCUAACUAAAAAAUUGCUUUCUUAUAUUUCUUGAACAUAUUUUUAUAUUUCUUGAACGUAUUUUAGAAAUUCUGGUGCAGGUGGGCGAAAAGCUUUUAGGUGAGAGCUCGCUGGUAUUUUAGGUGAGAGUUCGCUGGUAGUAUGGCCCAGGGCCGAAUAACCUAAGGCAAGGUGACCUCAAACAGCCUCGGUUGAUUAUUGUCAUGCAGUUUCCUCUUUCUAUAAUCUGAAAAAAUCGCAUCAAGCAAUUUUCUUAACUGCAAAGCGUGUCUGCAAUUUUGCCUAAAGGCUAAAAGCCGGAGGUGAUAAUCGUGUACUCAAUUCCAAUUGGAGUCUGACAUUGGUGAAAUUAUAAACUGCUUAUAAUUCAAAGAACACGCUUCGUUUAUUAUAACUAUCGAAUAUAUAUAAAUUGCUUUUAGUUUUAAUGUGAAAGGUAAUUUUCAUCAAUGAUAAUCAGGUCUCAAAGAUUACAGGCCAUCAUCGAACCUUGAAAUAACUGUUAAGCGAAAGAAAGUAUAAGGCCAACAUAAAAUUAAGCAAAGGAAGAGAGAGAGAGAGAGAGAGAGAGAGAGAGAGAGAGAGAGAGAGAGAGAGAGAGAGAGAGAGAGAGAGAGAGGGUUUUCAAAGACUUUGAUGGAAAAGAGAAUGUUAUGAUUAUUCUGUUGAAACCUUUGACAAACAAGGCAGAGUGACUCAACAAAUACCUGCCAAGUGACUCAACAAAUACCUGCCAAUGGAUCUCAGCCCUUGCACCCAAGAUGGGUUACUCGAAACCAUCAUAAUGUGGCACAAGAGACCCAUCGAUUGGCUUAUAAAAAAGAGAGAGAAGGAUAGAGGGCCACCAGCCAAAAAACAAACAAAAGGUUACCCACAGCUCAAUGCAUCAACUUGACCCUAAACUCUUCUUAGUUCUCUCUAGCUCUACCAGUUCUCGAACCUUGGACCUAUCAUUAUACCAUCAUUAGGUUGUACCACAAAGGCCAGCUAAGAAACAUAACAAGUGAAGAAGGAACUCAAAACAAAUGAAGCCUAUUUACACAGGAUCCUGAAGGGCACUAAAAUAGCUUAAAAGUUAAAAAUCUUUGAAACAUAUAUCUUGGAGGAAAGAAUUAUUCAUCUAGAGAAAAUCAGGUCUCAAAGAUUAUUAGCCAUCAUCGGACACUCAACACCCUCAGACCACCCAAAAACAUACACACAUACGUUUGUAAGAUUAUUCACAAUGCCCAUGAUAAACAAUGUAGAGUGACCCAAUGAAAUCCUGCAUUUGUAUCUAUUCCCUUAUAAGGGGCAUUGACAUUAAAAACCAUCAGAAAAUGUGGAAGAAACCAUUAAAGAGCUUUUAAAAAGAGGGUGGCUCUGGUACAUCCAACAGCUCCAUCCAGCGGACACCACCAAUUGCUAGUAAGAGAAAGUAAGAGAAAGGGGGGGGGGAGAGAGAGAGAGAGAGGACUGGGCUAGUUUCUGUAAGUCAGACAAUGCUUUCUAGGCAAACACAUUUCUAUCAACAAAAACUGUUCAGCGCCCAGUGCAUUUCAUCAUCCAACCCCAUGACGAACUCAAUGGCUGCAUAAUUCACAAACAAAGGCCACAUGGACAGACGUGAUAGGCAUAUAUACAGGUAUAAACAAAGGAUAUUAUUAACGACUUUUCCAGAAAACAACUAAAACAAAAACUACAUAGCAAAAAGCAAAGGUUACUUGAUUCAGUCACUUGUCAGUGACACAGCUUAUAAUUCUCACCAAUGAUAAAUCAGGCCUCAAAGAUUACAUGCCAUCAUCGAACCUUAAAAUAAUUGUGAAACAAAAAGAAAGUAUAAGGCCAAAAAAUUAACAAAAAGAAAUGAGAGUGUGUGUAUAUGUGUCUUCACAAGGCUUGGCUGGAAAAUAGUAGCUCAUGACAGAAAAUACUUCUUCUGUUGAAUGUCAUAGUACGUUUUUCACUAUAUCUUUAACAAACAAGGCAGAGCAACUCAAUAUAUACCUGCCAUUGGACCUUGGACCUUGGACCUUGCACCCAAACGUGGAGAUGAGUUACCCAAAGACCAUCAUAAUGUGUCAUGAGAGACCCAUCAAAGGGUUCAUAAGAGAUACCGGGAACAAAACAAAAAAAAAAAAUGCCCAAAGCCCAAUCAACUCCACCCCAAACUGAAUAGCUAUCAAGAACACAACAAGCAAAAGAAGAAUUCAAAACAAAUGAAGCCAAUGUACAAUAAGAUAUGCUUGAAGGGAGUUGAAAGAAAUUAGAAAUCUUCCAAGUGAUACAUCUUGGUGGAGAGAACCACUAAUUCUAAUUGGUCCUCAGAAAGAUUCCUGUAAUUUUCAUCAACAGAAAAUCAGGUCUCAAAGAUUACUUGCCAUCAUUGGACCCUCAACACCAUCCAACCACCCCAAAAAACAUAACCACAUACAUUUGGAAGAUUUCUCUUUUGCGUUGAAUUUAGCAACACAUUAUUCAUUAUGCCCAUGGUAAACAAAGGACUCAACAAAAUCCUGCAUUCGUAUCAAAGCCCUUAUGAGAGAGAGAGACUGCCAGAACGAUAAAUACAUCUGACAACUCAGACUACCAGCUGCCACCAAGAUAUAUAUAUAUAGAGAAGAGAGAGAGAGAGAGAGUCAAAAUUCUCCUGUUGCAAUGGGAAAAUUUCAAGGGGCUUUUGUUGGUGCCCCAAAGUUAUGAUCGAGAUGAUAACACCAGUUGAAAAUAGAAUAAAACAAAAAUUCCAUGUUUCAUUUUUCUGUUGUGUUUGGUAGCCUGGAAUUUUCAUCCAAGAAUUAAAAUUCAGCUGUUUGACGAAACAAGCAUUGAAAUUCUAGAAUUUUUUGUCACUGCUUGAUCCCACAACUUCUCAUCUAUGUCACCUGAGGGAACGGUGUGGUUGCAGGUGCGGGUGUGGGGUGCGGCAAAUCCCAAAAAAAAUUCGGCGUGGGUGCAGCUAUAAUACUCUAUAGAUAAUACUCAAAAACAUUAUCCAGUAAUAAGUAAUAUGACUAGAUUAGCUGCACAUGUAGGAAACUAAUAUAUAAUUCAAAAACAUCUUACAUGACUUUCUUAGCUACACGGUUGCCAGAUAAAACUCGUACAAGCACAAACAAAAAAGCUGAUAACUAAUAUAUAAGUAAGAGAUGACUGAGAACUAAUAUAUAACUAAGAACAGUAUUCCUCAACAGAAAAGGCAUGGUUUGGACAGAACAGAUUAAACAAAAAUACUAAAAUAAAUUAACAAAUAACAUUAUAACAACAUAACGACAUAAAAAGGUAAAAUAACAAUAAUGAAAAAGUGAAAAAUAGCAGAACAGCAUGCACAAAUUGAGGCAAAUCAGUAGAAAAUAAGCCAACACAUGAAAAAAACGAAAUAAACAAGAUGUCAAGCAUGAAUACAUUAGGAAGAAACAAAAAAACCAAAGAUUUGUAA